CAGGCUCCGUCUUCCAGGAAAACGAUGGUUGAGCGCAGCCUCUGAGAUGAUGCCGAGAGCAGGGGGGGCGGCUGCCUCCUCUCUCGCCUUGCUGCUGCUGUUGCCGCUGCUGCGCUGUUGCCACCUGUGCCACUCGCUGCAUGUACAAAGAUCUGAUUUUCUGAGUUGAGAAGUAUCCCUUCAACAUACACUACAUCCCUCCAGACAAUCAUCAUUUCAUCAUCGCAUGUAUGGACAAUUUGGCAUCUUCAUUAGAGGUGUUCCUAACCUCUCGUCCUAUGCAAAAGCCGAAGACAAGCUGUUCAAAUACCUCUUUGGGAACUAUCAGAAAUGGGUCCGCCCAGUUGAAUAUCUCAACCAGACCAUAUGUGUCAAGUUUGGACUCGCCAUCUCCCAGCUAGUUGAUGUGGAUGAGAAGAACCAGCUGAUGACCACAAAUGUGUGGAUGAAGCAGGAAUGGACUGACAUGAAGCUAAGAUGGGACCCUGAUGACUACCUGGGCAUCACCACUAUACGAGUGCCCUCUGACAGACUCUGGCUCCCAGAUGUAGUGCUCUAUGAUAAUUCAGAUGGUCGUUUUGAGGGCACAGUCACCAAGGCGGUUGUCAAAUAUGACGGAACCAUAACUUGGACACCACCUGCUAAUUACAAGUCUGCCUGCACCAUCGAUGUCACCUUCUUUCCAUUUGAUUUGCAGAAUUGCUCCAUGAAAUUUGGCUCUUGGACUUACGACGGCUCCCAGGUUGAUGUCCUUCUGGAGGACUUCCAUGUGGACAGACAGGAUUAUUUUGACAAUGGCGAGUGGGAGAUUGUAAAGGCCACAGGUAGUCGUGGUCUGAGGCUAGACGGUGGCGCUUCAUAUCCCACCAUCACCUACUUCUUCAUCAUUCGCCGGCUGCCUCUCUUCUACACACUCUUCCUCAUCAUCCCCUGCAUCGGCCUGUCCUUCCUUACCAUCCUCGUCUUCUACCUCCCCUCCAAUUGCGGCGAGAAGAUCUCUCUCUGCACUUCAGUGCUGGUGUCGCUAACCGUCUUCCUGCUGGUCAUAGAGGAGAUCAUUCCUUCCUCGUCCAAGGCCAUUCCGCUCAUCGGCGAGUACCUGGUCUUCACCAUGAUCUUUGUCACGCUCUCCAUCGUCAUCACCGUCUUUGCCAUUAACGUCCACCACCGCUCGUCCUCGACACAUCACGGCAUGGCGCCGUGGGUGCGCAGGAUCUUCCUGCAUCGACUGCCCAAGCUGCUGUGCAUGCGCGGCCACGUAGACCGCUAUGGCACGGCGGGAGCGCCGCAAACGGGGCGGGUACUGGGAUUGGGAAUGAUGAAGGAUACUCCAACUGAGCUGGGCCUCUCCCAUACCAGACACAACAUCCAAGCUGCCCUGGAUUCUAUCCGCUACAUAACCAUGCAUGUGGUGAAAGAAAAUGAAGUCAGAGAGGUGGUACAGGACUGGAAGUUUGUUGCCCAAGUUCUGGAUCGAAUGUUUCUGUGGGCAUUCCUGCUAGUGUCCGUCCUGGGCUCAGCUCUCCUCUUCAUUCCUGUGAUCUACAAAUGGGCCAGCAUUAUUGUACCCAAACAUAUUGGCGGUAUCCUCUGAACAUUCGCUGACAUGGAGGUGAGGCACAUCAGUGGUUAAGAUCCAGAUUUGAUGACGGUUUGUAGUCUGCAUCACAUCUACAGAUGAACUGUAUGAUUUUAAAAUUGGAAAACAACUAUAAAAAUGUAUAAAAAGAAUGUCAUUCCCAUUCAUCUAACAUAAUAAACGGUGAUACAGGUCAAUAUAAAAUUUCUGUUGAGCCCCUCAUUAAAGGAGACAUUAAGCUUUAAUGUCAGAAAAGUUUGCUCGCAAGUGCACAGCAAAUGAUUGCCAGUUGGUAAGUCACAUCUUCUGUCUGUUAUUGCUUGAUUUUACUUAGUAGAUUUAAAUUGUUUUACUAUUUGUUUUGCACAAAAAAAAAUAAAAAAAAUAAAAAAGUGGGAGUUAGAAGGAUUACAUGAUAGCAAAUAAAUCAUUUGGUUUAAAGAGUAACUUAAAGCAUGAUUUGAUGGGUUUAGCACUUUUUCAGACAUCACUGGGACCUUUCAGUUCAGACAUACAACAAGCCUUGUCUCAAAUUGUGUAUGCAUGCACAGACCUGUUGCUAAGAGAUGUGGCAGAUCUGUACGAACAUGUUCUGGACGCUGUGUGAAGACACUGUUAAUGAACACACAACAGACGGUCAUUGUAAGAGUAUUUUGAUCCAAGUGUAACAAGUAGUACAAAUCGAGUGGGAAAAAAACGCAAGAAUUGUUUCCCACUCUAUUAGCUGCUUGUGUAAUAACUAGGGGUGUAACGGUACACAAAAAUCUCGGUUCGGUACGUACUUCGGUUUUGAGGUCACGGUUCGGUACAUUUUCGGUACAGUAAGAAAACAAAAUGCAAAAUAUAAAUGUGCUAGUUGUUUAUUACACACUUUUUUGCUUUCAACAAUAGGAACAUUAGCCUAUAAAAAGCUAGAAUUCUUCUCACAAAUUGAAAAUACAAUAUUCUGAAAUGUAGAUAUUUUGAAAAACAAAGUAAAAAUAACACUACCUAAGACCUUUUCUUUAAAAAAAAAUAUCUGAUGUGCAAAAUUGAACAGUUGCAACAAUGAUCAGUUUCAAAUUUCUCAUAUUAACUUUAUGACUAUUACUUCCAUGUCUACAUUUAAUGUUACUUACGCUGCUCACUGCACUUCUGAGUGGUGCGACGGCCCUGGCCGUUUAAUUGCUAUCUUUUUUGAGACUGUCGGUCAGCUGAUCGUCGUGUCCGCCAGCUGGCUGCUUCCCCUCCCAAAGUGACACCGGACGGGCAGACGACGCAGCCGCCGCUGAUGGGCCACCCGAGGAAGGGUGCCAACGUCAGAAACUAGCCGGUGUCUGUCAUGUAUCCAUUGUGCAGCCCUUUGUUUACAUUUGCGGCAAUAAUGACACUUGCUUUACGGCAGCUAAACCGAUACAAGGUAGUACUAUUAGGCCGUUUUUUGAGCUCGCAUCCUCGCGUGUGUGUUGUAUUGUGCCUGAGUCUUGUUAACCAAAUAAAGGCAGCGUUAACAAAAGUCAUCCUACCGCUCGUCAUUUUACAGUCAACACUCAGAGUUCGCAUUUGGCAGCAUACGUGCCGCGUACCUCCUCGCCAGCUGUUUGCUCGCCAUUCAUUCACCUGUGCAUUUGAUCGCUAUUUUGUUACACUCCCGCUUUUUCAGUGAGAUAUUUUGUUCAUUCGUUAUUGGAUCGUUUUUGUUCACUACUGUAAAUAAGAGCACCGCAGCAGUAGAGCAAUUUUAAUUUUGUUUGUUGUUUUGGCCUGGGCUUACGCUGAAGCCAGCUCCUUCCGCAUUUUGUAUAUUUUGUUCAUUGCGAGUUCGACUUAUGUGAAUACAUUUGUGUCCACUUGCAACUUGUGUGUGUGGCUCGUUUUAUGUUACGCACUUAGCGAGCCGUCCGUGGGGCGUAAUUAACUGUGGGAUUAUGGGAUGCAUGAGCGGGCAUUCCGCGCUUGCGUUAAAUGCGUCAAAUAUUUUAACGUGAUUAAUUCGAAAAAUUAAUUACCGCCUGUUAAUGCGCUAAAUUUGACAGCACUUUACAUUACGUCAGAUACUCGUUCGGUACGCCUCCUUUCCGAACUGAGGAGCCCGAACCGA